AUGGACUUGUUCGGAGAAUUUCAUAAGGCUGAAAUCGAUGAGAAACCAUUUCUGGUAUACCACAACGUUAUAAAACCUUUACCACAAAUACAAACACCAAACUCCUUAGAUAAAGUAUCCAUUGAUCUCCCUGAUCCUCAACCUCGGCUUUUCUUAUGCCCUAGACUCCGAACCCGAAUGCUAUUGAACUCUCUGGAUGAUGAGAGAGGUGGUGAGGAAUCUAACCAAAUCCUUUCCAAGUACGAUUCUUCCCCACUCUUUGAUGACACUAGUGACGGUCAUCAUCAUGUACUCCCUUUGUUUUGGUGCAACAACAAAGAAGUUGAUCCAGAAGCAGAAGAAGGCGAUGAGUGCUAUUCUUGCUCUAUCCAAACCAUCGGUACGGACUAUUAUUUCUGUUUCACGUGUGACAAAAGGUUCCACAAAGAAUGUGUCGAGUGUCCACUUAGGAUUACUUAUCCUUCCCACGUCAAACAUUCUCUCCAACUCUUCUAUUCUAAAUAUAGAUCCGACUAUUGCAUCUAUUGUAGAGAAAGAGCAACCUAUAUGAUUUACUUUUGUGCUCUUUGCGACAGCUACAUGCAUGUCCUUUGUGCUCAGGCAGCAAUACCUUUCUUUAUAGACCAACCAAAAAGGCAUGACCAUACCCUCACCCUUUUCCCUAGACAAGCUUCCUUGACUUGCAAUAUUUGUGGUUUGGUAAAUAAACUUCAUCUCACCUACGUCUGUCCUAUAUGCGAUUUCGUAGCCCAUAGUGAUUGUGUAUAUAUCCCACAAACCAUAAGAAUAUCUCGCCACCACCAUCGUGUCUCUUUUAUGUCUUCCCUUCCUUUUGAAGAAAUGUCUUGCGGAGUUUGUCGUCAAACGAUUGACAUUGACUAUGGUGCAUACACUUGCAAAGGGUGUAGUGGCUAUGUCGUUCACAUAAGAUGUGCACUACGUAAAGAUAUAUGGGAUGGGAAAGAACUCGAAGGAGUACCCGAGAUAGUAGAAGAAGACGUUGAGUCCUUCGAGAGGAUAGCUGAUGGAGGAAUACUCCAUUUUUCUCAUCGCCAUCAUUUGAAGUUUGGGACUAGUGGAGUUUACGAUGGAAACAAGUUUUGUCAAGCGUGUGUCCUUUCAAUCAACGAAGGGAAUUUUUAUGCAUGUGCGGAAUGUGAUUUCGUCCUACACGAGACAUGUGCAGAUGCUCCACGCAAAAUGGUCCAUCCGUUACAUCCCCAUCCCCUUAAACAAAAGGCUGAUCAUGGAGGCGAUGUAUUCAAAUGCAGUGCUUGUAUGCGUAAGAGUAAUGGUUUUGGAUAUGGGUGUACCAACCAGAAUUGUAACUACAUACUAGAUGUAGUGUGUGCUUCGACAGCUGAGCCGUUUAAUUACCAAGGCCAUGAACACCCUUUAUUCCUAUCGUUAGACCCAAAAGAAAGGCCAACGUGCCACAUUUGCAAGUCAACGAAAUAUAAGAAGGUACUUAAUUGCAUUGAAUGUGACUUUAUUAUAUGUUACGAAUGCGCCACCUUACCAUACAUGGUAAGGUAUAAGCAUGAUGAACAUUACCUCGCGUUUUGUCGCGGAGAUGAGGCAAGUGACUCAGAUUGGUGUGAGUUAUGCGAGGGGAAGUUAGCAAUUGGAGGAAAAGAAGGGUUCUACAAGUGCCAAGAUUGCUGCACCACGCUUCAUAUUAGUUGCUUACUUGGCCCUGAUCCAUAUUAUAAGGCUGGUCAAACUUGCGAAACUAGUGAAGGUGAGAUUCUUUUUCAACGCAACAAUUCUGCUUCUCGGCCUAUUUGCUGUGUAUGCAAUAUCCGUUGUCCGUAUCCGAUAGUUACGAUAUACACAGAGGAUAUGGUUUCUUAUAUUCUAUGUACUAUUAAACACUUGACGAGUACUUGACGUAAAGAAACAAUUCAGUUACGUUGUAAA